CCAAGAUGGCUUCCUCUGGUCGUUGGUAUGAUCGGUGUUCCGACAUUCAGGGCGUUUUACUAGACAUUUCGGGGGUUUUGUACGAUAGCGGCGCAACUGGGGGCGUGGCGAUUCCUGGAUCUGUGGAGGCCGUGACAAAGUUGAAGCAGUCAGGGCUGAGUGUUCGGUUCUGCACCAAUGAGACCCAGUGCACCCGAGACCACCUGGUUGCCAAGCUGUCUGGGCUGGGGUUCCAGGUGACACGGGAGGAGGUGUUUUCACCUGCUCCUGCAGCGUGCCUCGUGCUUAAGGACAGGAAUCUCCGACCACACCUGCUGAUCCAUCCAGACUGUCAACCAGAGUUUGAAGGAGUGGACUGCUCCAACCCCAACUGUGUCCUGAUAGGAGAUGCCACGGAUGAAUUUUCCUACAAAAAUCUCAACGAAGCCUUUAGAGUCCUGGUUGGGUUGCAGGAUCCUAUUCUGAUAUCAAUGGGAAAGGGCCGAUAUUAUAAAGAAACUGACGGCUUGACUUUGGACGUUGGAGUCUUCAUGAAAGCUUUAGAAUACGCCUGUGAUGUGGAAGCAGAGGUAGUUGGGAAACCUGCCAAGGCCUUCUUUUUGGCAGCCCUACAGGACAUGGGAGUUCAGCCACAACAAGCCAUGAUGGUGGGAGACGAUGUUGUAAACGACAUUGGUGGUGCCCAGAGUGUAGGGAUGCUGGGACUACAGGUCAGGACCGGAAAGUACAGACCUGAAGAUGAGCAUCACCCAACUGUGCAUCCUGAUGGGUUUGUGGACAACCUGAAGCAGGCUGUGGAUCUUCUUCUCCAGCACAGGGGACAGUAACCUCUCAGUAACCAACAGGAGCCUUCAGCAUGGAAUAUAAGGACUACUUGCAGGGGUAAUGUUGGCAACGACUGGUGAUGCUGGAGAAUAACUAUUCAACGCAACCAAAUGUGCCACACAAAUUGUACUGUUCUCAUCAUUCAAUUUAUUGCAAGAGACUGUAUUUUUCUUGAAGAUGACGAAACAACAUACUGGGGGGUAUAUGGUAUAAUAAUGACACUGUAGUUGCCACUACAGUGCAAAAUGCUGGGUUUCAAGCUGCAGUGUUAAGCUUAGUGCACGUACAUGUCACCAUUGCGGCUCUGUUUCUGCUUCAGUCUUGGUGAAUCAGACAUGGCAGGGAUUUCAAUUUUCUAUUCUUGAAAGACAAAAGAUGAAAAGUGUGGUAGGAUAAUGCAAAGAGAUUCCACCCAAACAAAGCUAACUAAAUGUUUGAAUUCUAGGGUCUGGAACC